UUCUCCAAUUUACCCAAAAUCCUCCAUAGCCAAUAGCUUCACACAACAAAGGUUAAAAGAGAAAAACGAUUUUUUUUUUCUUUAUCAAUUUAGAGGAACAGGUUCUUUCAAUUGAGAAGGAUCUAUUUGGUUAAAUAUAAAAUUAUGCCAUCAGGUUCCAGAAAACGAAAAGCUGCAAAGAAAAAGAAGAAUUUGGGAGGAAAUAAUAUUAAUAAUAAUAAUAAUGUUUCACAAGUAUCAAGUUCUGCUAUUGCUGUUAAUUCUCUCUCUCAUGGUAAGGAAGAUUUGAUACAUGGUGGUAAAAAAAAGACCGAUGGCGGGGAGGGUAGUUACUUUGCUUCUCAAGAUCACCAGUUCAAUGAUAGAGAGGGAACUAGGGAGAAGCAAUUGGAAAUUUCACUUAGUGAGUCGUCAAUUGAUAAGAAAAAACCAAAUGCAUUGGAAAAAGGAAGAAAUGAAGCGAAUAAAGUAGCAAUAGAAAGGGUAGGUACCGUUCAGGUCGAACAAGAAUUGAAGCAUGAGAGUGAAUCUAUGAGAAAUGACAUUAACAUUGGGCGUGUUGAAACCCCGAGAUUCCCUCAUGAAGGAGGCUUACGAAGGAGGUCAAGUAGUAGAAGCAAACCUGCUAUGUCUGAGAACAUAGUUCAGGUGGCCACAAGCGCUUCAGCUAUUGAUAAUGUGGCCUUUGGAUCAUUGGAAAAGGAAAAUGAGAAGAGAGAAUUGGGCGUUAUGGAUGAGAAAACCAGAGUAUCAGAAGUUAUUGUGGAUACGGGAUUAGAGAAAAGGGACGAUAAAGCUGUAGAAACUCCAAAUGCAAAGCCCUCUGUGGCUGUAAAAGAUGAUGACAAACUAGAGACUUCGGACGAUGCACCAGCAGUUGAUGCUGGUGUUCAUGCAGACGACAUCAAAAGUUCUCCCCCUGACCAUCAGUCACUAGUAGCUUUGGGUCCACGACCAGUGCAAACAACUUCCUGGAAGAGUUGCUGUGGUUUGUUUGAGGUGUUUGCAGGAUCGAAUAAAUAACUUCAGGUUUGAGAUGCAUUACGAUUCCAAGCAAAACGUUCUUCGUGAUUCAGAGGAGAGUCAUGUGAAGGUUGAGUGAUACAAUCCAUGUUUCUGUUAUCCUUGUUUUACGAUAAGCAGCUCGACACUCCUCCAUUGUUUGUUAGUACUGCUUUUCGUGCUUUCAAUUGGCGCGAUGUAUCCGGUUUAGAGAGAGAGAGAGAGUUGUUUCUUUAGUUGCCUGGGAAACUUGAAGUGAUAAUUUUUUGGUGGUUGAUAGUUUUAACCAGCACAUAUAUAUACUUGUGAUAAAUCUUUGGUUUAGCUGAACAUAUGCUUCCCAAUCUAUAUUA